CAGUUACCACCACGAUGUCGGGAACCACAAAGCUGCCAGUCUAUCUGCUCCUAGUCGCUAUUUCCGUGGGCGGGAGUGUGUGCUACGAUGUGCCCAAGGCCACCGUCAAGGUCAAUUCUCCGAGAGGAUUCGAGGUCUCCAUUCCCCAUCAGCCCGGAAUCUCGCUGUUCGCCUUUCACGGCAAAGUCAACGAGCAGAUGGACGAUCUGUCCGAUCAGACGUGGGCCGCCGAUAUAGUGAGUUCCCGGAAUGGACGCUGGACUUAUCGCAACCGGAACCAGGAACUCAAGCAGGGAGAUGUUCUAUACUACUGGACUACUGCCAGGUACAAUGGCGUCGAUUACCACAAUUAUAACCAGGCUUAUGUCGUUGGCGGAGGUGAUUCCCAGGUACUCGACGUGAACGGUUCCAACGGUGGUCAUCAACCGAUUAUCGCCAACGGUCACAACACAAUCAAUAUAAUUGUGAACUAAACUAAGCGUUAAUAAAGCUAUUACUCUUUUAUAGCUUUGUCAGUGGCAAAACAAAAAACCAUCUAUACUCAACUUACGCUUGACCUUUCGAGAACACACUUUUUAUGAGCCUUUUAAGAUUUUAUUGAUACCCCGUCAUAAACAUGCUGUGACGAAACUGAAUCCGCGCAUAAUAAAACAAACUAAAAGACCUAA